AGGAGGUCGUGUCAGUAUUUUUAUUAGCCUCAAUAAAUCAUUAAAAUAUCAAACCACUUCCAUUCCUUCCUGUCUUCGUUUCUUUCCAUAAUUUUCACAUUUUACAAAACUUCUGUAACUGUCGCGUUCAACAACCCCAUCUUCAACCUCAUCACACCCCGAUUUUCUAAUAUACAGUAUCCUUCCUUACGUUUAUACCAUUUUUAUAUGUAUAUUAAUUAUUUGGUUGAGAGAUGAAUGCUUCCGGGUUUAAGCCAGCACUGCCUGGAAUUUCGAGCUCGAAAAGGCUCGGAUUUUUUAGCUUCAGUGGCGGUAAUCAACCCUUUGAUUUGAAACCGAGAGGGGUUUGCCUGAUCAAGGCUGCCAUGGAAGAGACUCGGACGCUUAAACUGGAUGUGAAUGGCAAGGUGGAGGAUAAGCUGCCAAAUGGGCACGCAGGCAAAAAUCAUAACCAAUUGUCUACAAUAGGAAACUCAACAAACAUAAAGUGGCAUGAAUGCCCUGUUGAAAAAAUUGACAGACAGAAGCUUCUCAAACAAAAGGGUUGUGUUAUAUGGAUCACCGGUCUCAGUGGUUCAGGGAAGAGCACUGUAGCAUGUGCCUUGAGUCACAUGCUGUACCAGAGAGGAAACUUGUCUUACAUUCUUGAUGGCGACAACAUCAGGCACGGCCUAAAUCGUGACCUUAGUUUUAAAGCAGAAGACCGUGCCGAGAAUAUAAGGAGAGUUGGGGAGGUAGCAAAACUUUUUGCAGAUGCUGGAUUUAUUUGCAUCGCCUGCCUGAUUUCUCCAUACAGAAGGGACCGGGCUGAAUGUCGUGCAAUGUUACCAAGCGAAGAUUUUGUUGAGGUGUUUAUGGAUGUUCCCCUCCAAGUUUGUGAGAACAGAGACUCAAAAGGCUUGUAUAAGCUUGCUCGUGCUGGAAAGAUCAAAGGUUUUACUGGCAUUGAUGAUCCAUAUGAACCACCAUUGGAUGCUGAGAUAGUAUUGCAAUGCAACACAGGAGACUGUUCUACCCCAUGUGACAUGGCUGAGAAGGUGAUUUCUUACUUGGAGGUAAAAGGAUAUCUCCAAGCAUAAAAUUGCUGCUGCGAUCUCCACUCUCAGUCAUGAUGCCUUUGUUAUUGGAGUAUUACUAGCAAUGGAGAAGCUGCUCACUUCCCUAGUUGAUAAAUAUCAAAUAAAUUGAUUAGUCUUUUGGUGUUUUGUCAGUUAAUUUAUCAAUUAACUAACGAAACCUUCUUGGCCUCCGCAACACGGAUGGAAAUUUAAUUUCUUUUGAUUUGUAUUUAUUAAUUAAUCUGGAACUGGCCUGGGACAUAUGUAAAAUACUUAUGAAUGUUUCUGUGGGGGACGUAGUUAUGCACCAAAAGAGAGAAAAAGGAAAGAAUAAGAGUGUAUAUUCUUGUUUGAUUUCUAUGCAUUUCAUUUUUGAUUGGGCU